UCGCGCGUACCUACCUACCAUUCUGCGCUAGCUAUCACCAGCUCUGUGCAGGCGGCGGAGGCACACACAAACACAAACGACUCAGUGUCAGUGAUGAUCGCACUCAAUUUAAAGCCCUGAAUUUUAUCUGAACUUCGGAUAGAAUCUUUUAAAACCAUACGUAUUGAAAAGAAAAGUUACCCAAUCUGGUGUCUAGAUUGCAUAGGAAAACAUGACAACAAGACGGGUAAGUCCGCGACCAGUCACUGGGGGUUCGACCGCCGGACGGCUGACGCCGCGUGACGAAGUUGAGAUGGACAAGAUUAUUGACGACGGGAUGCAGCGGCGACCAUCCAGCUCCGCUUCCCGCCAGGCCUGGAGCGACAAUGACGGCUUUGACAUCGGCAACGAGGAGAAAGGCAUUAACGGCGACUAUGGGGACGACUAUGGGGACCAGGAGGACGACGGCGAGGUGGUUAACGCGCCCACUGCCAUGGAAAGUGAGCUGUACGUCGGGGGAGAGAUUCGCACCAUUGAUCCCAAGGUCGCCAAGCAGAAGGCGGAACAGGCAAAAGCAGGAUGCUGGACCAAAGUCAAGAGAGGCAUAAGAUCUCUUUGGAGAACCCGACAAACAGACGACACAAGAAAGGACAAGGAACUUCACGUUAAGACCACUCUGAGAGAACUCAUCAUUUACCUGGUCUUUCUGGUCUUUUUGUGCCUGCUGACUUUUGGAAUGACUAAACCAACCAUGUACUACUACACCAAGGUGAUGUCAGAACUAUUCCUCGAUGCUCCCUUUCCGGACACCAAGAAUACUUUCCGUGGAAUAACAACCAUGAAAGAUUUCUGGAGGUUUGCCGAGACCCCACUUGUAGACGGUCUAUACUGGGAAAAGUGGUACAAUGAUGACAACGUGACAGGUGACUCCCAGGGCUACAUCUACUAUGAGAACAAGCUGCUGGGCGUGCCCCGUAUCCGACAGGUGAAAGUCACCAACAGCUCCUGUCUGGUACACAGCGAUUUCCGUGAGGACAUCAAACAGUGCUAUGCCCAUUACUCAGAGAGCGUGGAGGACACACAGCCCUUUGGGCUCAUGAACGGAACUGCCUGGGAGCACAGCUCAGAGGAGAGCUUGGAUGGUUCAGGUCACUCUGGCCGAUUGGCCUCAUACGGUGGUGGCGGCUACUAUUUGGAUCUGACCCAUGAAAAGGCCGACUCUUUGGCCUCCAUCAUAGAGCUCAAGCAGAACUUGUGGCUGGACCGAGGAACCCGGGCCGUCAUGGUGGACUUUUCCGUCUAUAACGCCAACAUCAAUCUAUUCUGCAUUGUCAGGUUGGUAGUAGAGUUUCCACCAACGGGCGGUGCCAUUCCAUCGUGGACAUUCCGCACCGUCAAGCUCUUGCGCUACGUAACUGCCUUCGACUACUUUAUCAUGGCUUGCGAGGGCAUCUUUGCACUCUUCAUCCUCUACUACAUCGUGGAGGAGAUCCUGGAGAUCAAGGUUCACCGCUUGUCUUAUUUCAAGAGCACCUGGAACUGUCUGGAUGUCAUCAUCAUCAUUGUAUCAGUAGUAUGUAUGGCCUUCUAUGUCUACCGUGCUCUGAGAGUGGAUGAGAUGAUUGAGGACCUUCUGAGUCGACCUGAUCAGUACUCAGACUUUGAGUUCCUGGGCUACUGCCAGUCCAUCUUCAACAACGUGAUUGCUGUGGCCGUCUUCCUGGCCUGGAUCAAGGUGUUCAAAUACAUCAGCUUCAACAAGACCAUGAACCAGCUCUCCUCGACCCUGUCCAAGUGCGCCAAAGAUGUAGGUGGAUUUACCAUCAUGUUCCUCAUCAUCUUCUUGGCUUAUGCCCAGUUUGGCUACUUGGUGUUUGGCACCCAGAUCAAGGAUUUCAGCAGUGUCGGUGACUGCAUUUUCACCUUGUUGCGUAUCGUUCUUGGUGACUUCAACUUCCAUGAGCUUCAGGAAGCCAAUCGCGUUCUGGGCCCGAUCUUUUUCAUGACGUAUGUGUUCGUGGUGUUCUUUGUAUUGCUGAACAUGUUCUUGGCCAUCAUCAAUGACACUUACAGCGAGGUCAAGGCUGAUAUUGCCAACCAGAAGUCAGAGUUCGAGCUCACAGACUACUUCAAGAAGGGCUAUGAGAAGAUGGUGGGCAAGCUGAACUUCAAGCGGGACAAGAUUGCCGACAUCCAGGAGGCACUGGCCCAUGCAGAUGCCAACGCAGACCAACAUUUGGACUUUGACGAGUGGCGCCACGAGCUGAAAUGCCGUGGGCAUGCCGAUGCAGAGAUUGAGGCAGUGUUUGCCAAGUAUGACGUCGAUGGCGACCGCAUCCUUGAUGCAGAGGAGCAGAUGAAGAUGGCUGCUGAUCUGGAAGGACAGAAGACCGAUCUGAACAACCAGUUGGCGGAGUUGGAGGAGGCCCAAGUGACCACUACCAACCGUCCCCAGACAGCUUCAGCUGGCCGCAGCAAGAGCCGUGUCAGCUUCAACGAUGGCCUGGACAGUGAUGAUGAGGACUCUCAAGCUGGAGGGGGGCGUGGUGGAGUCAGUGGCGUCUCUUACGAAGAGUUUGUUGUGUUGAGUCGUCGUGUGGACCGUAUGGAACACUCCAUUGGGAGCAUUGUUUCUAAGAUAGACGCUGUGCUGGUCAAGCUGGAAGCCAUGGAGCGGGCCAAGCUGAAACGUCGUGAGACCAUGGGCAAACUCCUAGACAGCAUCACAGAGGAGAGAGAAAUUAAGCAAGCCUAUAAGAGUACAAUGGGCUUGCCUUCUCGGUCUGGUUCCUCGGCUUCUGCUUAUAGUGACUAUGAUGAGGAUGAGAGCAGUGGGGGUAAUGUGAAGCGAGAGCAGAUGGAGCGUCUUGUCCGCGAGGAGCUGGAGCGCUGGGAUUCAGAUGCCUCCUUCUCUCAGACCAGUGGCCGGGCUGCCAGCAGGGGUGGCAGUGCCCAGCGCUCUCGACCUGGCAGCUCUGGAUCCCAGAGGCUCACCCUUGGGAAUGCAAGCAGAAGUUCGACCAGUAUGUCAAGAGAUACCAAAAGUCGCCAGUCUGAGGUGACCUCCCCAGUGAGCAGAGCCCCUUCCACCACCUCCAGAAAAUCCUCCAUGUCCCCCCGCCCACAGACAAACGUGUCUGAGGUGGUAGUGGAUGUGGAUGUCAAUGCUCCUCACAAUGAUGAUGAUGAUGAUGUGUUUGAGAAGGCUCGCGCUGCCAGCGUAGCCAGAUAUGAGGCAGCCUCUCGAGCCACGUCAGGGGCUGAAUCUAGGGCUACCUCUGGGGCUGCUUCUAGGGCCACGUCUGGAAGCUUGUCUCGCGCCACCUCUUCCCUCUCAGAGGUCUCCACCAGCACCUCCCGCCCAUCUACCCGAAACCUUAGCCCUCGGUCGGACUCUGUGUUGUCCAGCAAAUCCUCUAUUGGAGACGAUGAGUAGACUCAAACAACAUGUCAACAAGCAAUGUGUAAAGAUGUCAUAACUGCAACUGCUAAAAUGAUAACACAUUGGCAAGAGCUUUUCAGUUCAUUGUGGAACUCCCCAUCAAGAAAAACGAUUUCGUCUGCGAGGAUUAAAUUGCAAAACCUUAUUGCUACAGUUCCUCUUGAUAUCACAGCCUACUGAUUACCCAACUUAUAUGACCAUGAUCUAUUUCAUUUGGUUGCAGUGAUGAUUGGAACCAAAUCGGUGACAUUAUGUCAUUUUAUGUCCUUAAGGCUAAGCCAUUGAUCAAAUAUUGAACCAGAACUAUGUUGGACUUUCAUUUAUUUUCACCACAAUUACCAUCAAAUCAAAGUAUUAGAACAGAUUAUUAAAAGGAUAAAUUUAAUGUACAUUUAUUGGUAAAAAGUGUGUAUAUGUAGGCAUGCUGUUGUAGUUGUACAAAGAACAUAAUUUUUUUCCUAGUGUUGUAAGAGGAAAAAAUCAAUCUCUCUUUGCAUCAAAAUGCAUCAUCAUUUUCCCUUAGAUGUUUGAAGGUUCGUUCUGAAUCUCAGGAAAAGGUGUAUAAUUCAUUUAAAAACUAGAUACCAAUUUUGUGAAUAUUUGAGUAAAUCUACUUAUUCAUGAAUAGUAAGUGAGUUAUAUAUACUGUCAUUUGUAGUAAUUGUGAGACUUGUGAAAUGUGACAGAUUCUGAUGCUUGCAUGUUUGAACUGUAAUUCCUAGCGCAUUUUACUGUAUUAGAAUUGUCAAAUAGGCUGUUUUUCCCCACAAAUAUAUCAAUAUUUCGCAAGUUGUAACCGCAGAAUGUGAUGUAGAAAAAUGAACGAAAAGUGCCUUUGGAAUGUUGUAUUUGUACAAAUUGCCUUGUGUUCAUUGUGAUUGCCGUGGUAGGUGAUGAGACACAAAUAUUCCUUGCAUAUUAUUUUGUGAUAUUCUUCAGUACUUAAAUUGUAACUGUUUAAUAAAUUUAGCCUUAACCAAAGCUUCAGUACCAACAAUAUUCAACUAAUACAUUUGCAUUUGUGCAGUGAAAUAUAGAACUGGUUUAGCUUUUUCCUAAUUGUGAUCGUUAGGAAUUCAGUGCCUUCUAAUUCUUGUAAACAUUUGAAAAUUGCACAUUUUAUCUGAAAUUUUCGGUAUGAUUCCGUAUAAGUAUUUUUUGCCAUCUUUCUCUUUGCUUUGCCCUAAACUGCUCAAGCAUUCUUUGGUAUUCACCUGGCCCUAUCAAAGUAUCUAUUCUGUAUAUAUUGUAAAAUAUUGUCAAAUUACAGCAGGACAUAGUUUUAUUUAUAUUAAAUUUAUCUUUUAGAUUUGAAUAUGUUCUAUUUCUUGGAAUUACAAUUUAUUUCAUGUACAAGACUCACUCCUUUUAACGUUUUAGUGUUUACGUUUGUGUGUAUGUGCACCAUUUGGCCCUCUUUACUCUCUAUUCUGGUACUCUUAUUUUCCUAUUUUUCAAAUAGUUAUUUAUCUGCAGGGAAUGCAGGGUUUGUUUUUCAAUGUUGCUUUCAAAGUUAUUUUCAGACAGUAUUUCCCCUUCAGCAUAUUAUUUGAUUGGUACAAAUUUUGCUUUUUAUUUUAAGAAAGAUAAACAAGAAGUACAAAUUGUUAUUAAGAUAUCUGUAUCAUUACGGACUGUCUUGUACUACAAAACAAUGCUAUUCUCUCCAGCUUAGAAUUUUCAACUCUCCUUUUGUAUUGCAGUAUGUUGUCUUGUGUUGAAGGUAUUAUUUUUGUACAUUUUCCCUUGUAAUUUCAGCAUGUUUUGGACAACGCUUGUACUACUUUCGUGCCUUAAACAUUAUAUUUUUCUUGUGUCUUUUAACUGAAAUAUAUGAGAAUUCACCUUGAUAAGAACAAAAUCCAGACAGUGCCUUUGCCGUUAUGUAACAAUUAUAGGGGGGGGGGGGUCUUCAAUAUAUAGUAAUUGCUUGCAUCGUAAAGAAAAAUUGCAUCACUCUUUAAAAUGAACACGUUGUUAUAUUAGGGAGAAGCCAUCCAAUUUUUUGGAAUGAUUAUUCCCCAACUAAAUUAAUGUAAAAGCUUUAAAACUUAGGACAUCGUAAGUCAUUCAGUGGGAGUGUUCGUGUUAAGUAAAUGUAUGUUGAAGUAACCCUUCAUUGUCCAUUUAAAGAUAGCUGAUUCAGAAUCAGACAAGAAAAUCACUCUGAAAGACAAAAUACGCCUGCAAUAUGUAUAGCCUGUGCUGUCUUUGUUAAAAAGCAUCUUUUUUUUCAAUUGCUUUUAUUUGGCAAUAGAAAUUCACUUUUGAUUGAGACAUUGAAAAAAAAAAAAUUGUUACAUAUUUAGUUAUGGAAUAAUAAGGACUGAACUAAAUUUGAAUGAUUUGCUGACUAACAGAUAUCCCUCUUUCCUAUCAGUAUCGAUAUUGUAGGGAUGGGCAACCAGUCUACUCGCAGGGCAGAUCUAUUUGCAUGCAAAGGCAACCCAAAGUAUUAGUAAAGCCUUUUUCAGAGGCAUUUCUGCACAAAAUGGAAAUAAAGUAGUUUUGUCGUUUAAAGAAACAUACAAUUUAAAAAAAUAUGAAAGGAGAAAACAUUUGAAUUUGUUUAAGAGCACGGAGAGUACAUCUUUAACUAGAAGCCAUGUGUGUUGGCGUGUUUUGGCCAUGACUUUCCUUUUGCCUGUUGCUGUUAUGACAAUAUUGCCUUCUUUUGAAUUUAUUUCUUAUACUUGCAUUGUAAUAUAGUGCAUGGACAAUUAUAAUACAUGAUGUAGCUGCUCAACUAAUGUAGAAUAUUCUUUACUAAGUUGUCAUGGUCAUUUGAAGUUUGACACUGUAAAAAAAAAAGAAAUUCCACCUUUCAUUAUAGCUCUGUGUGCUUAAAGUAUAUCUGUAUUUAUGUAACUGAAGCAAUAUUGUAUUCUGAUUGCAACAAUCUUUGUUAAAAGCUGACUAAUGCACACUUAUACCCAACAAACUUUGAACUUGAAAGUGAGACAUUUAAAAUAUAGAAGACAUUGGGUUUUUUUUUGAAGUAUUAUUAUUAUUAUUAUUUGUUUGGCUUGCUGCUCAUAAUACAUGUAGAAAAUACUUCAGCUUGAUUGUGGUUUUAACCAAGAAAGGUAAAAUGGACAAUGAAGUCCCCACACAAAUUCCCAGUAAUUAUGAUUUCUUUUCAUAUUUGGCGCAUCUUCUCAGCUUUAAACAAGGAGCCGUAACAAUAGAUGUUUUAUUUAAUUUAAAAAGAAGUAUUGUGAAUAUAGAAAUAGAUUUAGGUCAGAGGUCAUUGCAUUCAACAUUAAGAAAAUAUCCAACUUGCAAUACGUGUUUAAGGGUUAUCUAAAUGGUGAACAAAAAUCCAACAAACGAAUGAUUGUAUUUAGACACAGCACCAAAAACCUUAUUUACUUAUAUUUUUUGGAUGUAUCAAAAUGGUCUGUGUCUCAUUACUAAGCGAUAGUUUCAAGGUUUGUUAGUCUUGCCUCAAGCUUCAAGUUGCUCUCCCCGUGUUGUUUUCAGGUUUCACCCUGAAAAUAUACAGAUUUGCUUGCGAAAUUGAUAUUUUUUCGAGCAAUGCAAAAAUUGUCACUUUUGAAAUUCGUGUGCAAAGUAACACACAAUAAAAACGAUUUUUCAGAGGUUUGAAAACAUCCAAAAUAGAGAAAAAGUAAUAAUUUUCUGUUUAAAUAAAACAAACAACCCCGUUUGGAGAAAAAGCACGAAUUCAGCAACUUUAAGAUCAAAGAAGGGUGUCAUUUAGAGUUCAAGUAACAAGGGCGGAUCCAGGCCAACUAAUUUGUUUUGUUCCCCCCCCCCCCCAAAAAAAAGUGGGUCCAAAAAUGUUUUGCCCCAUAUGAAAAGCAUUGGGUGUACUAUAGGACUCUUGUGCAUGGCAAUGGUGCAUAGUGGCGCAAUUGUAAUGCUGUACACAGAGGCUGCCUUUUUUGCGACAUCAUCACUUUAAAAAAAAAAAUGGGUUCUGUUCUGGGGGGGGGGGGCACGGCCCCGCUGCUCCCCCCCCCCCCCCCCCGGAUCUGCUGUUGUUAAGUAAUUACCUCAGUCAAGACGUUAGAUGUGGCUGCAUUUUUUCCCAACACAGUUCAAUAGUCAAACCGUUUCAUACAAGUUUACUGAUGUCGAUGCAAAUUGCACAUAUCUUUUCACCUCCUGCAAUAAGAGCGGAGUAGGCCCUGUAAUACACUGUUUUCAAUGAAAAUGAUGUUUGAUUGGAGACAACAAAACUGGAAAUGCAAGGAUCUGUAAUAAAACAUUGACCAAGUGUGAUAGUA